AUGGUUUGGGAUGUGUUUGUUUGGAUGGUGAAGUCUGACAAGGAAAUGCGAGGUAAGAGCCAAAAGGGGCCUUCUGGCAUCUCAAUGAUGACACAAGAAUCAUCAGAGGUGUUGGAAAAACAUGCAAGCUCAGGCUCUCAUGUGAGGGGGAGUAGUGAAUAUGUUAGACUGGUCAUAUCUGAUGAACCAAGGGCCGUUGAAGAUGAAAUCUUGCUGCCUCGAGCAGAAUCAAAAAUUAAGUCUUUCUGGUGGUGGAUAAAAUCCUUUUUAUGGUGUGCUGUCAUUGUGAUACUUGCUUUUAUUCUUACCAAAUGGGGAGUGCCACUUUUUUUUGAAAAGGUUCUUUACCCAAUCAUGGAAUGGGAAGCUACUGCCUUUGGCCGUCCAGUUCUUGCCCUAGUACUUGUUGCUUCUCUGGCAUUAUUCCCAGUAUUCUUAAUCCCUUCUGGCCCCUCCAUGUGGCUGGCCGGGAUGAUUUUUGGUUAUGGCCUUGGCUUUGUUAUAAUAAUGGUUGGAACAACCAUUGGGAUGGUCCUGCCUUACCUAAUUGGGCUACUGUUCCGUGACCGCAUUCAUCAAUGGUUGAAGAGAUGGCCCCAGAAUGCUGCAAUGAUUAGGCUUGCUGGGGAAGGGAACUGGUCUCGUCAGUUUCAAGUUGUGGCACUGUUUAGGGUUUCUCCUUUUCCAUAUACUAUAUUCAAUUAUGCUGUGGUAGUCACAAAUAUGAGGUUUUGGCCCUACUUAUGUGGAUCAGUAGCUGGAAUGGUACCAGAAGCUUUCAUCUAUAUCUACAGUGGUCGGUUAAUGAAGACGUUGGCAGACGCACAGAAUGGGAAGCACCACUUGACAACUGUGGAAAUCGUAUACAACAUUAUUUCUUUCAUUAUUGCGAUAGUUACGACUAUUGCCUUCACUGUUUAUGCAAAAAGGACUCUAAAUGAACUCAAAAUGCCAGAGUUGAAUGAGGAAGUUACCUCUGUUUCUGAGGAGGGCUGUUUUGAGAUGGAGAGUCUUCCCCUUGAAAGGCCUAAACAGCUUAGUUGGUCGAAAUUUUCGUGA